UCCCAAAGAUUUUAAUUAUGUAGAGAUAGGUGGAGCCCGUGAUCUUCAAGAUCACAAUUGGUAGACUUCAGGGUAUACUAUAUUUUUGGUGAAAAUUUUCAUUUGAACUGCUGUGGAUCAGGUAUCUCCGCCGAUACGAUAGAAUCGUAGUGCUCCGGAGUCACAGGUUUAUCAAACUAAUUUCGUUGAGUGAAGACUCUCACCGCGCGAUAAGAGAGUAACAUGGCGACAAACAAAGUCAAGGGUCUUCUCAUUGACCUAAGCGGAACUAUUCAUAUUGAGUCAAAAGCCAUUCCUGGUGCCGUAGAAGCGGUGAAGCGUUUGAAAGCUAGCAAGAUUCCAUUCAGAUUCGCCACCAACACCACCAAGAUAUCCUCUCGUCGACUGGUGGAGCAACUGAACCAACUGGGCUUUGACGUGGAAGAACGCGAAAUCUUCACCUCCCUUUCUGCUUGCCGAGAUCUGAUUGUGUCUCGAAACUUGCGGCCUAUGCUGUUGAUGGCAGAUAAAGCUAUGGACGAGUUUGAAAGUGUCAACACCGAAAAUCCAAAUGCCGUGGUCAUCGGUUUGGCGCCUUCAAAAUUCAAUUAUGAUACGAUGAACCAAGCCUUCCGAUUACUGAUGAAAACUGAUACUCCGGAACCCGUGCCUUUGAUUGCUGUGCAUAAAGCCAAAUAUCUGGCAGAUAAAGACGAGCAGUUAUCGAUGGGCCCUGGCGGAUUUGUCCAAGCGCUGGAGUUCGCCACUGGAAAGACGGCAACCGUUGUCGGAAAACCAUCCGAAAGCUUUUUCCAUAUGGCUCUGAAGCAAAUUGGUAUGGAAGAAAGCCCGCAUAAUGUGGCCAUGAUUGGGGAUGAUGUCGACAGUGAUUUGGGUGGUGCAGCUGAAGCUUUGGGACUGCACCGAUUCUUAGUCCGCACUGGCAAGUUCAGACCUGAAGAUGAAGCAAGAUUCAAAGGCGACAAUACUCGAGUUUUUGACUCUGUGGUGGAAGCCAUCGAUGCGGUGAUUGCUCAAUACUAACCUGUGUAGUCGGCUAGACUACAGGAUCAUAGAUGCUUUUAUGCCGCUAUUGUAUGCUAUCGUUCAUGUACUUGAAAGUAUAGCUUUUAACUAGAUAGAAAGGAUUCUAUAAAGAUGACCAGCAACGUGGCGGCUGUAUUAUUACAUAUCAGACAUUGACAAAUAAAAUGCAAGUGAAUCUAAGCACAGAAUCCGGGUCAUGGCAACUCGUGGUGCGUGCGUUUGUUUUACUUAUCCUCUCUGAUGUAUAGGCUAUUGACCAUGGAGCUGUGAGGUUAUCGUACCAAGAAGGAUGGGAGGGUGAUUUGCGUUUAUAUGCCGGUGUUGACGUUUUGCGUAA